UCACACCUGUCAGCUGAUUUCGAAAAGUCACCUUCCAGUGAGUUUCCCCAUUUUUCGUCAGUUAUUUUCCUUUCGUCGACGCGAGCGGUUCGUUGCUUCGUGUGGUUUUAUUUACAAAUAACAGUUAGUGUCGCAUUGCAUCGCAUCGGAAUGAUCAUGAAAGCGGAGCAUCCGCACCAGCAUUUCGCAACUGCCGCGAAUGCAGCACGCCAGGCGCAGAUCCGCUGGCGAGUUACGCAUUUUAAGGCGCUGAGCCGCAUAAGAACACCAUCGCAGGGCUAUUGCUGCGGUCGCGUCGUUAGUAAAAAUCACUUUUUCAAGCACAGUCGCGCUUUUCUGUGGUUCCUGCUCUGCAACCUAGUGAUGGGCGUGGACCGCGCCCACUCCCAGCUGCUCAUUAACGUCCAGAAUCAGGGCGGCGAGGUGAUCCAGGAGAGUAUUACCUCCAACAUCAACGAGGACCUGAUAACGCUGGAGUUUCAGAAGACCGACGGAACGCUCAUCACCCAGGUCAUCGACUUUCGCAAUGAGGUUCAAAUCCUCAAGGCCUUGGUUCUCGGCGAGGAGGAGCGUGGCCAGAGCCAGUACCAGGUCAUGUGCUUCGCCACCAAGUUCAACAAGGGCGAUUUCAUCUCCUCGGCGGCAAUGGCCAAGCUGCGCCAGAAGAAUCCUCACACCAUCCGCACUCCCGAGGAGGACAAGGGCCGCGAGACCUUCACCAUGAGCAGCUGGGUGCAGCUCAACCGCUCCCUGCCCAUCACGAGGCAUCUGCAGGGACUCUGCGCCGAGGCCAUGGACGCCACCUACGUCCGGGAUGUGGACCUUAAAGCUUGGGCGGAGCUGCCAGGCUCCUCGAUUUCCAGCCUGGAGGCGGCCACCGAGAAGUUCCCGGACACGCUCUCGACGCGCUGCAACGAGGUGAGCAGCCUGUGGGCGCCCUGCCUGUGCAACCUGGAGACCUGCAUCGGCUGGUAUCCCUGCGGACUCAAGUACUGCAAGGGCAAGGGAGUUGCCGGAGCGGACUCGUCGGGCGCCCAGCAGCAGGCACAGCCAACGAAUUAUCGCUGCGGCAUCAAGACCUGCCGCAAGUGCACACAGUUCACCUAUUAUGUGCGGCAGAAACAACAGUGCCUCUGGGAUGAAUGACGACGCGGCGAGCUGCAGCUGAUGCAGAUGCGCUGCGCCAGGCGGCGGAAUGGGAGCGUGGUUGAGGAUGAUGCCAGUGCCACCUGCCCGGGUGGCGAAACAAGAGCAGCUACCACGACGGCGACAAUAACUGGCGGGGCAGCUGGGGGAAGUGGGCAGGAUACAACGGCAGCGACAACAACGACGACCAACAAAUUACGCCAACUGCUCUUGUUGGUCCAGCAGCAGAUGCCUUUUGCUCUGUGGAGUUUUCCGGUCCAUCACAUUUCCCAGCCCCAGUCGCCGCCCCAUUCCCAGCCCCAAUCCCAAUCCCAGUCCCAAUAUCAGCCCAGCAUAAGGAAGCAGCAGCAGCAGCAGCAUCAGCAUCAUUCUCAGGUUGCCCCCACUUCACAUCACCAGUCAUCACCAUCAUCAUCAUCGCCGUCGUCGUCGUCGUCGUCCGCCGCAAUGGCCGCCAUCGUUGCGUGAUAAUGAACGCUUGAAAAACCCAACUUCCCCAAUCCACUACACGUCCAGGAAAAAAACGAGUGCUGACACUUUUUCCGCUCACGAUUGAAGAUUCUGGACGCGGACAUUCGAAUGCAAGCCACUGGGUGGAGGUUAUGCUACAGCAAAAAAGGAGUAAAGCGAAAUAAAUGUAAAAAUGUGCUUCUGUAUACUAUGUAUAUAUAUGUAUAUUUAACGAUGAUUAGCUUUUAGCCAGCUCACGUUUUACGCUUAUGCCGGAUUUCGUUUUAGACCUAGAUUAGGUGUCCUUAUUCAAUUUAAUCCUAAGAGCGCUCGCUGAAUUAAAGGUUAAGCACUUUUGAGGCAUAGUUCUUUGCCGUCUAAUCCUUUCAUACAAUUUGAUCCUUUAUAAAAUGUUUUACGUUUUCUAAGACAUAGCUUUACAACCUAAAACUUAUUGAUUCACCUAUAGUGCAGCACAUUUCCUGUAAUUAUCUAUCACUCCUUAGAUCUUUCUUAACUUCUUCCAAGGCAUUUGAGAAUUUAUAGCAAUUUUUCCUCCCAGCUUUCUUUGCUUACUCACCUUUCAAGCCCACUUUCAAUUUGUUUACUCUGCCCGUUCACUCCAUACUUUUUCAUCCACAUUGUGUGCAGCAAUUUCGUUUCAAUUACCCUUUCAGAGCGCUUUAUAUUUCCUUUGUUUGCCUUUAUCUCCACUUCACUUACCUUAACUGAAGCCUGAUUAGAUGUAUUAAGAUUGUUGGACACAAUAUCACGUUCCACGCCCUCUCCACUCGUGUUGCGUUGAGCUCAAGAAUAUAAAUAUAAAAAUAAAUAGGUAUAGAAGUAUAAAUAAAUUAAAUGUGGCCUUAGCAUGUUUUACGAGCGGUAGAAAAAGGACAUUAAUUGAACUAAGGAAUAUGUCAGGCGUUGGCAAAACUCGGAAUUAAUUGUGCUCAUAAUAGUUGUAACAGAAAAACCACAAGAAUAAGAUAUAUUGCCAUUUGGGGGAUGGUGAAUGUGGACUAACCAAAACGACUGCCGCAUAAAAAGCUUUUGUAUCUUACCACUCGAAAAUGGCUGUUUGAGAUUCCCCAUCCCGUUUCUUUCCUCCUAAUCUUUCCCUCUAAAUCUAAACCUUAAUAACUAGACCGUAAACACGCCUGCCUUUUUGCCUUUGACUUGUAACCUUUUCCACUUUGUAUUCGAAACAAAUGAAAUACCUUACGAUGGCAAAACCUUAAGCAAAUUGAUUGAUACCAAUAAUAAACAAUACCAAGAACAAUAAUCUAUUGUAUAAAUUUCAAGAACCUAGUCUACUUAGAGUGUUAGAAUGGCAUAUUUUCCUAAAAGCGUACUACAAACAAAAAAAAAAAAUCAAACCAAACCAUAAGUCGUAAACCAGUUUCGACAACAAGAAAAACCAACGGUGAUAAUAAUUUUUCUACGAUAUAGGAAGACAGCUCCUUUGACUCACUGUAUAAAAUGUAAUGGAAACGAAUUGAUCAAGUGUAAAAAUUGAUUAGAAUUACUAAGCAUUUAAAACUGGUAAGACUCGAUGAUCUGAAUUGUGUAAAGAGCAUUUGCCAAUAUUAACGAUUAAUCGCCUAGUCCUAACUAAGAAAUUGAAAUUAAUAAUUAGUCUUAAUACAAAUGCUGACGAAUUCUACGUUUUAUAAAAAAAAAACAAAAA